UGUAAAUGUACGGUUGCAUACAAUCAUCAAGAGGUGGUGUGCUUGGCCCAACGAAUAAAGGGCCCCCAGUGUCGCACUUUGAAUUUGGCCUCCAACAUGACGAUCUGGGCGGCGUGGGCGUAUGUGUUGCUUCCUCCUGCAGUGAUUUUGCUGGUUCUCCUUACGAUUCCGUUUCCCAAGGCCAUCGCCAAGGGCGUUGUGCGAAUGAACGACUUCUUUUUGAACUUUGAAGUCGCCGGGGUUCCUGUCGUGUCGCUGGUUACGUUUUUUGCGUUUGUGGCGCUGGCAGGCCAGAGCUACGACCUCCAAAAACGGUACAACUACCAGAUCUCGGGCAUGGAAAAGCACUACGAAGCGGACUUGCAGCACAAGGCGACUCGUUGGCGCUCGGAGCGCAACUGGUGGAUCAGUGCGUUGACGUUUACGAUUUACUGGAUGCUCUUGGCGUUCCAGUCGAUGAAGAAGCAGCUCUUGGCAGCUAGCCGUCGCGUGGAUUAA